AUUCACAAAGCGCUUGUUCAACGCGAGGAACGAGGAGUUAUUAAUCGUCCACAGCACACCUACCCAUUUCGCCCAUACCCACUACUAAUAUCCAUUCAUUAUCCAAUUCCCAUACGAAAUUCAACUCAUGAACUGAUAUUUUAUCUUCUUCCUCGCACAAUCCAUCUCUUUCCCACCACACAGCAAUUUCUUAACAGAUCAUUUGGGUUUUCUUGUUUCUGGGUUGUGGGAAACAGCUAUGGAAUGAAGUCGGGGUUCAGAUGAGGGUUAAUCUGAAGUUUUACGAGUGUGGCCAUCGACAUAUUAUAGGGUGUUCUUGAACUAAGAUGUAUGGUAUCCCAAGCUGGGACACCAUUGGUGAUAUGGGUUACGCUUUGAGUAGACUAGAGAUUGGUUCUGAUUGUGAUGGCGACAUGAGUAUCAAUGCAGCGGUUGAAGGUCAAGUGUCCAAUAAGCCUUUGAAUUAUUUAGAUGAUGAAAUUGCACAGCUUACUAGAAUGAAAUCAGGGCCUAGUUCACAUUUGAGUCAAGUACUGCCUGGGAAGCGGGAGGUAUAUAUUUCCCCUGUAAAAAUGUUGGCGGGCCGGGAAUGUAACUAUUCAGGGAAGGGAAGGUUCUCAGCUGGAGAUUGUUGUCACAUUUUGAGCAGAUAUUUGCCUGUUAAUGGUCCAUGGCUUGUGGACCAAAUGACGAGCCGAGCCUAUGUCUCGCAGUUUUCGUCAGAUGGUUCUCUAUUUGUUGCAGGAUUUCAGGGGAGCCACAUUAGAAUUUAUAAUGUGGAUAAUGGGUGGAAGGUUCAAAAGAACAUUCUUGCAAAAAGUUUGCGGUGGACAAUUACUGAUACAUCACUUUCUCCUGACCAGCAUUUCCUUGUCUAUGCCAGCAUGUCACCAAUCAUCCACAUUGUUAACGUGUCAUCCGCCGAAACAGAGUCUCUGGCAAAUAUUACGGAGGUUCAUGAGGGAUUGGAUUUCUGUGCACAUGGUGAUGGAAGAGAUUCUUUUGGAAUUUUCUCUGUGAAAUUUUCAACAGAUGGACGAGAACUUGUUGCUGGAAGUAGCGAUGAUUCUAUAUAUGUCUACGAUCUUGAAACUAAUAAGCUUUCGCUUCGAAUUUUGGCUCACAGAUCUGAUGUGAAUACUGUGUGUUUUGCUGAUGAAAGUGGCCAUCUGGUUUAUUCUGGAAGUGAUGAUACUUUCUGUAAGGUGUGGGACAGACGCUGCUUUAUAUCUAAAGGUAAGGCUGCAGGGAUUCUAGAAGGACAUGUCGAAGGUAUCACAUUCAUUGAUAGUCGUGGGGAUGGUCGAUAUUUAAUUUCCAAUGGUAAAGACCAGACCAUCAAACUUUGGGAUAUCAGAAAGAUGUCCAACAAUGCUACUCACUACAAUAGGCCCAGAAACUAUGAUUGGGACUAUAGAUGGAUGGAUUAUCCACUCCAUGCAAAAAAUUUGAUGCAUCCACGUGAUCGAUCUGUUGCUACAUACAAGGGUCAUUCAGUCCUGCGAACGCUUAUCCGUUGUUAUUUCUCCCCGGAAUCUAGCACCGGCCAGAAGUACAUCUACACCGGAUCUCACAAUUCUUGCGUUUAUAUCUAUGAUUUGUUAACUGGAGAUCUAGUUGCAACACUGAAGCAUCAUAAAUCACCAGUAAGAGACUGUAGCUGGCACCCUCAAUAUCCCAUGCUUGUAAGCUCUUCAUGGGAUGGGGAUGUUGUCAAAUGGGAGUUUCCAGGCAGCGGUGAAGCACCGACUCCUCCGAACAAGAAGAGAGUCCGCAGGCGACAUUUCUAUUGAAAACUGCUGAAGAAAACUGUAAGGCAAGCUCUUUCUGGUGGAUUAUAGCUUGGCAAAUGCAGUAUAUCUUGCUCUGUGAUGCAUGCAUCCUAUCAUACUCUAAAUAAGAUGCAAUUAGUAUGCAUUUUAUAUCUCACCGUUGCAGUAUUUUGUUGGUUCUACUUAGACGAAUCUUUGAUAUAAUGUUUCUGUCUAUAAUCUAUGUGAAUAAUAUGAUAUAAUACAUACAUACAUACAUA